AUGGCUACCGUCAUUGGCAACGGCUCCGGUCUUGCAGAUGGGAACAAGCUUGACAUGACCAAAUCACAGAUAGACCCCGAAGUGGCCAGCGAGCACGUCGGCGAAGUGAAUACGACUGUCGAUGCCACCAACCAAGGCGUUUUCGGUGCCGCCGCCGCAGCCGGGGGCAAGCAAUUCCGCGUCCUCGGCAAAUGGAAGACCGCCGUUGUGCUCAUCCACACCGAAGUCGGCAUCGGCAUUCUCGCCUUGCCUUCGGUGCUGAAACGUCUCGGCUUGAUCCCCGGCCUCAUAGCCAUCUUAGGCGUCGGUCUCCUGUCGACUUACACGGCAUAUGUCCUCCUGCUCUACUGGCGCAGGUACCCGCACAUCGACAACCUCCCGGAUGCCCUGCGAGUUCUGGGUGGCAAGGCCCUUGCCGCCGUAGGAGCCGUCGGCCUCGUCAUAAACCUCAGCCUCGCCUGUUCCUCGGCUACCCUGGCAAUGAGCGUUGCCUUCAACACCCUGACGGCGCACAGCAUGUGGCCGGCCACCUUUGGCAUAAUCGUGCCAAUCUUCAUCGUCAUCAUCUCGCUCGCCGUUGGCUCCCCUCGAACUGCACCUCCUGGCGCUGACUACCACAUAAAGCUGGUGGGGAACCCGACCUUCCAGGAGGGCUUCACGGCUCUGCUCAGUAUAUGUUAUGCGUUUGGAGGUCGUCAGGGAUUCCUCAUGGUCAUGGCCGAGAUGAAGGACCCCAGCAAGGAUUACGUCGGCUCCCUCGUCAUCCUCCAGGCCUUUGCCAUCCCCAUGUACAUGAUCACCGGGGGAGCCAUCUACGGCCUCGCUGGAGACUACGUCACGUCUCCCGCGAUAGGCACCGCCCCUCUCCUGCCUGCCAAGAUCGCCUACGGCAUCCUCCUCCUGACGCUCUUCAGCACCGGCAUGUUCUAUGGGCACGCGGGCAUAAAGUACCUCUUCGUCGUCGUCAUGCGCGACCUGCUUAAGGUUCCCGAACAGCUGACCACCAACACCGUAAAGUCUUGGGGUGUGUGGGUGACCAUUGCCACACUCUACUGGGCCAUGGUCUUCGCGCUGGCCAACGCGAUCCCGGUGUUCAACUCCAUCAUCGCCGUGUCCUCGGCCCUCCUCGUGGCCUGGUUUUCGUUCGGGCUGCCGGGCAUCUUUUGGCUGCACCUCAACUGGAAGAGGCAGUUUAGCAGCCCGGCAAUGAUUGCGUUGUCCUGCCUCAAUUGGGGACUCGUGCUCAUGGGGGUGUUUCUCAACACGGCUGGCAUGUACGCCUCCAUCGAUUCGCUCAUCACCCUCUUCCGUGAUCCUAAGAGCACAGUCAGCGGGCCAUUCACCUGCGCCGACAACAGUCUUUUCUAA